UAAAAAAAUUGACCAACAAACUCCCAGAUCUGUUCAGCAAGAUCGAGAGUAUCAACCAACAGCUGAUGCCAAUAAGCAACAUCUCUGAGAAUGUACACCGCAUAAGAGAGCUGAUUCAGCAGGCAAGAGAUGCUGCAAAUAAGGUUGCUAUUCCUAUGAGGUUCAACGGCAGCUCUGGUGUAGAGGUUCGACCUCCGAGCAACCUUGAAGAUCUGAAAGGCUAUACCUCACUUUCUUUCUUUCUCCAAAGACCUCAGACAAAAUUAGACACUACCCAGAGAGCAUCAAAUAAGUUUGUGCUGUACCUGGGUAAUAAAGAUGCUUCCAAGGACUAUAUUGGUAUGGCUGUGAAAGGUGGCCACCUCACUUGUGUCUAUAACCUGGGAGACGGUGAUGUAGAAAUUGAUGUGCAGCCAUUUGUGACUCAAAGCGAAGCAGAGGAAGCCGUUAUGGAUCAAGUGAAGUUUGAAAGGAUUUACCAGUAUGUAAAGCUGAAUUACAUCAAGGCAGCAACAUCAACUUCUCCAGAGUAUGGAAGCCCUGUGACUGCAAGCAGUGGAGGCAGUGACACUCUCCUAAACCUUGAUCCCAGCACUGUCGUCUUUUAUGUUGGAGGAUACCCAUCAGACUUUAGGCCUCCACGUAAGCUAGACUAUCCUGGUUAUGAAGGCUGCAUUGAAUUAGACAACCUCAACGAGCAUAUUGUCAGCCUUUACAACUUCAAGAGGACAUUUAAUCUCAAUACUACUGAAGUGCAACCCUGCAGAAGGUAUAAAGAAGAGACUGACCAAAGCUAUUUUGAAGGCACUGGUUAUGCCAGUGUCAAAUUGAAGGAAUCGAACACCCACAGCCAAGUACGCUACGAGCAGACGAUUGAGACUACUGCAGAUGAAGGCAUUGUGUUUUUUGCAGCAAAGGAGGAUCAGUUCAUCAGUGUGCUCAUCAAAGAUGGUCAUACGGUUUUUAAAUACAAAGUUGGCUCUGAGCUUCCAAAAGAAAUAGAAACCAAUGCAACUGUAAAUGAUGGAACAUAUAAGCAAAUUCAUUUGGUGCUUGCCCGAAGUAAGAAUACUGUUCAUGUCAGUCCUGAUAUUAAAGCCAACAUAAAAGUCUUCCUUUUCACAAAGUACUAUCUAGGUGGAAUUCCACCUUCUCUACGGAAACGCUUUAAUAUAUCCACACGUCCAUUCCGGGGCUGCAUGAAGAACGUGAAAAACCCUAACACUGCGUCUGUUAUUUUUGACGAGACUGUUGGUGUCAGCAAGAAAUGUUCAGAUGACUGGAAGCUCAUCAGAUCUGCAGCUUUCUCCAAGAAGGGAACACUGAGCCUGAGUGCGGCGGGUUUCCCAUUUCCCAAGGAUUUCCAGGUUGCCUUUGGCUUUCAGACCAUGGCAUCAAUUGGAACGCUCUUAAAUUACAAUCUAUGGCCUAAUAUUCUUACCAUCUUUCUGAGACCUGGCUUUGUAAUUGCAAAGAUGGGAGAGACGGAAAUCAAACUGGAAAAGAAAUACGAAGAUGGGUCAAUGCAUUAUGUGACAGUAAUAAAAACAGACAACACAGUACGGCUGCUGGUUGAUGAUGGGUCAUCAUCAGCAUCAAUUGACUCUGCCAGAGCACAGGCGUUAGUCGAACCUAUAAAAUUUGGUGGAGAUAAUUUUGAAGGCUGCAUCUCAAACAUCUUUAUAAAAAGGGCAGGUCAGCUCCCUGAGGUUCAAAAUCUCGUUAAUUAUACUGCCAAGACCGGUGUAUCCCUCGGAGCUUGCCGCAUAUACGAGAAGCUUGAACCAAUGCUGCUGAAGGAAUUUAAAAAUCCUCUCAGGUUUAGGAUGCUCAAGGAUGAAAAAUACCUUGAUUAUUUGAAAGCUGCUAAAGUGCAAAACCACCAAAACCACACUUUACCAACUCGGUUCAGUGUCAGCAGUGAAGCGUAUCUCCUUGGGAACACCCCCAACAGUUUCAUAUCCUACAGGUUUUCUCCACCGCCAUCUACAGACAGGUUACAUUUUUCUGUAGAUGUACGGACUCAGUCAUCAAGAGGAUUGAUAGUUUUCAUGGAGGAAAAGUCUGAGGGUUCCUAUAUGGCUCUCCACAUUUCGAAAGGACGUUUUGUCUUUACACUUGUCUCCGGCGGAAAACGAGUCAAAAUCAAAAGCAGUAUCAAAUACAACGAUGGGCAGUGGCACACUGUGGUCUUCAGCACAGAUGGGAAGACUGCCCGCCUUCUUGUUGAUGGUCUAAGGGCCCAGCAUGGAAGAUUAGCAACAAAUUCGGCCAUCAGCAUUAAGCCACCGAUCUAUGUGGGAGGGCUGCCAUCACUGAAAAGACAGAAUAUACCAACGAACAGUUUCAAGGGAUGCCUGAGGAAUUUUAAGAUGAAUGGAAAAGUCAUGAACACACCUCAGCAAAUCAAUGGCGUACUUCCAUGUCUGGAUGUUCCCAUAGACACGGGGAUUUAUUUCUUUAAUGAAGGAGGAUAUAUCACCUUUGGUAAUUUGCUGAUGGGCUUGGAUUUUAGGAUUGUAUUUACCAUUCGACCAAGGAGUUCGACAGGUAUACUCCUCCAUGCUGGAAGCAAGCGAGACAACUACUUGACUAUUUACAUGGCAGGAGGAAAGGUCAUUGCUUCUGGAAAUAGCGGUGUUGGAGAAUUCCAGACGUCAGUCACACCUAAGCACCCUCUGUCAGAUGGGCAGUGGCAUACGAUUGCAGUCUCUCAGAAGGAGAACACGGUGCAGCUAGAGGUGGGCACACAGAGUAACUCUACCACUGGACUUCCACCCUCUCCUCCCAGACGUGUGCAUCAGCCACUCUACUUCGGCAACAUUCCAGCAAAUUUGGACACACUGUGGCUUCCGGUUAAAGACCCGUUUUUUGGCUGUCUUCGGAAUAUUAACAUCAAUAACAAACACGUCUCCACCAGGAGAAUUGCACAGGUUCACGGUGUA